AUGUCCAAAGCUACCGGCUUAUCUCAACACCAGGAGACGUCCAGCGUCGUAGAGCCAGGUACAUCUUCGCUUGUGCCUCCACGCGCGUCUGAGGAGGCCACCAAUGAGGAGCUGCCAGUUGCAAGCGAGAUCUUGCAGUUUACGGAACAGUACAGCCUGACGGGCUACCUCAACACGUUUCAGAAGGCAGCGAAUAUUGCGACAGGCGACUGUCCACUGAGGAGUGUCACCGGACUCUCUGCAGCCGAGAAGCUCGCAUUGCAAUGGGAGACCGAUCGGAAAUGGCACCAACCAAAGAUGCUCUACUUUACCAUACUCGUUUGCUCAAUCGGUGCGGUCGAGCAGGGAUGGGCUCAGACGGGGAUGAAUGGAGCCAACCUGUACUUCCCCAAGGCAUUGGGCAUCGGGUCGAACAGCAAGCACGAUAACUUCAUUGUUGGACUCAUCAACAGCGGUAUAUAUCUGAGCACAGGGGCAUUGGGCGCAUGGCUGUCUGAUCCUGUCAACAGCCGGCUCGGUCGACGAGGUGCGGUUUUUACAGGCACCAUCAUUUGUCUGAUAUCCAAUCUGUCGUCUUCGAUCAGCAGAUCCUGGCACCAGCUUCUCGUCUUCAGACUUCUCCUCGGCAUCGGUCUAGGCAUCAACGCAAGCACAGUCUCGGUUUAUGCCGCAGAAUGUGCCCCGGCAGCGAUCCGUGGAGGAUUGGCCGUAAGCUGGCAGAUGUGGACUGCCUUUGGCAUCUUCCUAGGGUUCGUCGCAAACGCGGCAGUGUAUAACUAUGGCGCGGACGCCUGGCGGCUGCAACUGGCUGCGCCCUUCCUACCGACACUUCCAUUGCUCAUCAUGUUGUACAUGUGCCCGGAGUCUCCUGCAUGGUGUAUCAAGCAUGGGCAACGAUACGACCGGGCGUUUAAAACCCUCUGCAAACUUCGCAAUAGUGAACUCCAGGCCGCGAAGGAAAUCUAUUCGAUGUACCUUCAGCACCGCGAACAAGUCAAAGUAGGCGAUGUCGAGAUGGUAUCUUUCUUUGCGAAAAUACUUGAACUGUUCACAGUUCCACGAAUACGCCGUGCUACAACAGGUUCCUAUGUGGCUAUGCUGUCACAGCAACUUUGCGGCAUAAACAUAAUCGCUUUCUACUCAUCCACGAUUUUCUCUCAAGCUGGAUUUUCACCCCUUGGUGCUCUGCUAGCAUCUUGUGUCUUUGGGUUUGUGAAUUUUGUAGGAGCAUUCCCUGCCAUCUGGACGAUGGAUAGUGUCGGCCGUAGAUCACUAUUGCUAUUGACGUUGCCACUUAUGGGUGCGACAAUGCUUGCGGCAGGGCUAAGCUUCGAGAUACCAGCCGAGAAUCCGGCACAUUUCGCAUUGCUUGCGACGCUCAUCUAUCUCUUCUGCGCGUUGUACUCGCCAGGCAUGGGGCCUGUUCCAAAUGCUUACUCGGCCGAGGUCUUUCCCCUUUCUCACCGCGAACUCGGCAUGGGUUUCGCAGUUGCUACUGCUAACUUCUGGGCUGCUGUCCUCUCCCUCACGUUUCCCCGGAUCCUGGCAGGACUCGGAUCGCAAGGCGCCUUCACCUUGUAUGCCUUCCUGAACGUUGUUGCCCUGACUCUAGUAUUCCUCCUACUCCCAGAAACACGGAUGAUGACGCUCGAAGACUUGGACCAUGUUUUCUCAGUCCCCACCCGCACAUUCAUCAGAUACCAAACGACUGAAUACUUACCUUGGUUCUUUAUGCACUAUAUUCUCAGACGGAAGGGAGUAGAGUUGAGACCACUCGCCCACGGGGAAGAAUAUUUGCCUCUUGAUCAAGGUGAUAGUGAUGGAGUUGAUGCUUAG